AUGGGCUGCGGGGGCAGCCGGGCCGACGCGAUCGAGCCCCGCUACUACGAGAGCUGGACGCGGGAGACCGAGUCCACCUGGCUGACCAACACGGACUCCGAGAGCCCGCCGCAGGAGGGCGGCAGCGCCGAGAGCCCCGGCCGGGAGCAGGGCGGCCCGCUACCCGGUCUUCUGGAGGAUGGGAAAUUGGCUCACACAGGUGUACCUACAGCAUCAGCCACAGCUGGAAUGCUGAAUGCUGAGAAGAGGAGCAACUGUGGCUCUCAGUGUGCAAACCCCAUAGCCCACAGCAUGGGAGCUACAACACAGAGACAGAAUGGCUUCAGGACCACUGAGAGUAAAUGGGACACACAGAAAACGUCCACACAAGAAGUUGCCAUUAAUGUUACAAAAAGCAUCAGACAAAGUGACAGGAGAAAAACAAAGAAUUGUGCCAAUUAAUGAAGAAAAUUGCAGAAGAGGAUGGACUUAACAAAGCUUCGCUGCACUUUAAAUGUCAGUGGCUGAAGACAUGAAGAUCUCUAGGUGUUCCAGGUUGAAUACAGCAGGCAGCUGCUACUGAGUGCCUCCAGAAGCAGGUCUUGUGGAAACCAGCUGCAAGCACUGUAGACAUUACAGUGUUUGUCUAAAGACAGACAUAGUCAUUUGUCUAAAGCAGUGGCACUGCACAGACAUACACAGAAAUUCAUUAUAUUUGGUUUUUACCAACUUCCAUGUUAUCCCUUGUGUACGUCCUGUUCCACAUUGCCAUUAAGAUGAGGCUGGAUAAUAAGGGGUACAGCUCAUCACAAUUAAAACCAGGAAAUGAACAAAUGAAUCUGAAUUUUUAGUCAUAAAGUUGUUUUGAGUGUGGACAUUCAAACCCACAGUUCAUUUAAAGCACUCACAUAUUUUAAAACACAAACCCAGACAUCUCAAGAAAGUGAGACUAAAGUCUAGUCUUCCACAAAAUCUCUUUUCAAUUAUAUAUAGGUUAUAUAUAGUUAAGUCAUACAGUAAUGUUUUUCUAUAUUAAAUGUUCAAUUACUUAGUUUUAAUUUAUUGUUUGUAUUGACAUUAUUUUGGUCUUAAAAAUAGUAACUUUCAUAUUGAUCAGCCUUACUUGAAGGUCCUAGUCUCAACUAGCAAGUAGAGUUGUGGCUACUUGGUUGUUUUAUAAAUGCCCCUUUGAUUAUGUUGAAGCCCAGUCUGACUAGGAAAAAAGUUACCAUUAACAUUACAAGAAAAUAACCACAAUUUUUAAAGUCACAUUCUAAUGUCAGUUCAAAAAGUUAACUUUCUUUCUUCAGACAUAUAUCCAUAUAUCCAUA